AUGCAGGCUAUCGAACUGGCGCGGAGAAAAGCGGAAGAAAACUUGAAAGCAAAGGAGGUUGAGGUCGCAAUGUACGAGCAGCACAAAGCCGAGCUGGCGGACCGCUUAAAAAACAUGGAGGCACAACUCUUACGCGGCAAAGCGGAGAUUUCAAAAGCCAAGCAGCAGCAGCGGGAGUUGAAGAGGACCCGGCUGCGCUUAGAAGAACAAAAGAAGAUGGAGGAGCAGCUCCGCAGAGAGCGAGAUCAAGGACGGGAAGCCCGGCUACUGCUUGAAAGCCUAGUGACCACCAAAGACAAGGAACUGAGUCACUUGUCCUCCAAAGUGCAACAGCUUUGCAGGCGCUACACCGAAGUUGUUGAUGACAUCGAGGACCUGCAAAAGGAAUUCCAAGCAGAGCGAGAGUCUCUCCUCCACGACAUACGCUCAAUGGAGCUCGAGAUGCGCUUGCAGCAAGCCAUAAUAGAUCGUUUUGUCCCCCCUGAAGAGGCGACGCUCGCUUACUUGCGGAGUAGCUCACCUGGGCUAGAUUACCUGGCUUUUCCAAGCGUCUCACCAAGAUUUCUGUGA